AUGGCAGGCCUACGUUGUAUGAAUCUAGUAUUGUAUCUGUCGCCUGAUUCGAUACUUCUUAAAUCCGGUGUUGCUGACUCCGCUGUUCGUUCUAUCGGUUUGACUGAUGAUAAGCAGUCUCAAGAAGCUGGGAUUCAGACUCAUGCUGCUGCUGAUGCCACUAUAAUUGCUAACAGCGUUUCUUAUUUGCACCCGGCUUCGGAGUCUCAAUUCGGGGAUACAGAGGAAAUGGGUCUGAAUUUCAUGAUGUUGUGCGAGCCUGAGGAGCCUCAAUCCGAGUUGCAUAUGAUACUGUCUAGUGAGGUUUCCUCAAGGUUCGAAGAGUUUUGUGGACCCACUCUUCUGGCCUCGGAUACUGAGCCUGAAGUUUCCUCAGUUGAUAUUGUUGAUGAGGAUGUCGAGGGUUGCAAUAAGACUCGGUUUAUAGGAUUUGUCAAAGAUAACCAUAUUGAUUUAGAAGGUCGUACGACAGUAGUGGAUCGUUUUACUUAUGGUAUACCGUGGCUCAGUAGUAAGCGCCCAGUGAUUCCUGAUUUAAAUGCUAUUAAAAAGGCUCUUGAUGCCGAUCGUAAGUUCAGUGACCAUUUACGUGAGUCAGGACAUCUGGAUUCUUAUGCUGCAGUUUUUGAUAAGUAUUUGCAGCAUGGUAUCGUUGAAGUUAAAGAAGAAAUGCUGCGGCACAGGACCCUCGACCUAAUGGAGAGUGCCCAGGCCACUCAUGAGAGGAACACUCGGUGGGGUGACAAGCUGAGGGCAUCUCCGUUCGCGACGAACUUGGUGAUGCAGCUUGAGCAUGCACAGCACCUCGCUGAGGAGAGGGAGUUGGCUGAUAAGCGGGAAGCGCGAGAGGAAUACAUCAGACAUCGUGAUAAACGUAAUAUGAUGUUCAAGAAGGCCGUAGCCGAUAGCGAUCUCGUAUGCAUGCUGAGAAGGGAGAAAAGGUUGCUUCUGGAGAAUGAGCGGAGAUUAGCUGCUGCGUGCACUGUGGAAAGAACUAACGCUAAGGUCGAGCAGAUACUCGAAGAACGGCAACAGAAGGAAACUGAGAUGCAAGAACGCCUUCUACGAAGGACAAUAUCACCAUGA